CGAGGCAUCACACAUUGCGGCGACGGAUCCAUCCACAACUUCUUCAACCUGCUCCCUUCAAGCCAUCCUACCAAGCUCGUGCUAACGCUGCACAGCGCGUCGCUCGCACCGGGGCCAUCCGUGCGCAAUGUCCACGCGGUAGUCACGGCUGGAGGCCGGUCCUUUAAAAGCGAGUCGUGCAUGGGAAGUACAACCGACCCAGCAUGGGAAGACGCGACGUUUGCCUUUGACGUCAGCACCAAGACGCACUUGCGCAUUCAUGUGCAGCUGGUGGGGUCCAAACGAUUGAUGAAACGUGACCUGGGCCACUUUGAUCUCAACUUGUCCGAGCAUCGACUGGCAAAGGAAGGCACACAUUCUCUGUCAUGCCACCUCCUCGAUGGAUGCGGUGGUGUCGUGAACGUUUCCAUGAGCAUCUUCCGAGAACCCCAUCCAAUCCGUGAUUGGGCGCGCCGCGAGGUAGCUGGUGCAGCAGGGCACCGCCUGCCAUGCCACUCGUUGCUCGAGUGUGUCCCGUCGUGGUCGACUCGGGAAGAGCUAUUCAAAAAUGCUUGUGGGCCAUGCUUUUUGGCGCUGGUAGAGUCCCACAGCGUGUGCGACGCCUCUUUUACAGCCAAGGGUCUGAAGAGCGCCUCGGCACUCCAUGAAAUGUCGACUUCCACCACAGGUAGCCAUACAACCAACAGCGCCGACCUGGUCCCAUUCCACGAUGGCCACUUCCACAUGAAGAGUGCGCCUCCUCUCAUUCAUCCGAACCACCCUACACCACUAGAAUCUUCGCUCUUUGGCGCCACGGCAGUUGACGACACUCCACCAUGUCCAUCGAUCCAAGAGUGGAUGCAAGCCCGGCAUCCAAACGAAUCGUUCGUCUCCAAAUCAAUCGAGACGGCGUCGCCGUCUUCCUGCCCCCUCCACACAUCCCAUCCAACGCUUUUGCAGCUCAUGUGGCUGCUGCCUCUUCUUUCCAUCGUCGUGCACCAAUGGCUGAUUCUAGUAGUUGAGUCGCGGGAUGCAACUUGACUCGGUCAGUUGCUUCAAACUGUCCAAGCAACAUGCAGUAAAAUUGGAGGAAAGCAGACACUUCCCCGGAACUUUAAACGUUCGGCUCCAUUGCCACACUAUUACCCGCACUUGUCUAGUGUGAUUAUCUUCAAUAGCGCAUCAAGCCCCGUCCUGGUCCUCCACUUCGCUGGU